UCUCAAUUGAUUCUCAAUCUUUUCGCUCUCAACUAUGCUCGUGGAAGCUCAUUACAUUCAUGCCACGCCGUAUCUUUCGUCAUGUUGUCUCAUUUAUUGUGUGCCCUUCGAACGCCAGCUGUCGCUAUCUGUGUCGCUCUACGGAGUACAGUUCAUGUACACGUUUACUGCCAAGUCUCCCUAAUAUGCGGCGAUAAGUCCCAGGUAUUCUCGCUCUGGAGUAGACCCUGGCAACGUUGCAUAUGCCUCGACGGAAUAGCAGCCAGUCUUAUAAGUGUCGCGGAGAUAGCAUCAAUGUUGCCGUGCAUCCGGGAAGCUUCUCAAUCCGACCUGCUCGGACGGUGAAAAAAUAAUCCACACGCCGGCGAGAUAAGAUGGGUCAACAUGCGACUUCAAGGUUCUGUUUAUAGGAGAUUUGGCCAAUGUACUUAAUAAAGCUUGAGAUGUUUAUCCAGGGACCAAUCGUAUGCAUCAAAU